GGCCAACGUUGCUGAGGCAGAGCGGGCAGAGGAGAGCAGCAGCGGACUGCAACUGCAACACCGGGAGGAGGACGCGGCGCUGUCGCAGUGUCGCAGUGUGGUAACCGUGAAACCAUUUGGUCCUCACCAUGUCAGCGACGAAGCAAAUGAAGGUGGACAGAUGCCCUACAGAGGAGAUUUCGCUAUCUAACUGUGCAGCUGUAAAUCAGGUGGACUUUUCCGAGGACAAAGUCAGACAUGUUGAGGUCACAACAACAAACCACAAGUUUGUCUUCACUAUCAAAACUUCUGACAAAGUGAAGCCGGGAUGCAUGGGUUUCAGCUUGCCCAUGAGAAAAUGGGCUGAACUGUCGAUCAGCCAGAUGGUGGAUGUGCGGCCAUACGUUUUUGAUCCGAACACGCAAUACAUUGCCAAAAUCACGCUUGAGGUGGACUUUCUUGAAAAGAAAAAUGUUACUAAAGACCCUUAUGACACAGACAAGAUGGCUAGUGACUUUGUGCAGCAGUUUCCAAAGCAGGCCUUUACCGUUGGUCAAAUGUUGGCCUAUGGGUUUCUGGACAAGAAACUUCUCAAGCUGGUUGUCAAGGAGAUGGAAGUUGCAAGUUUGGACUACCUAAGGGGAGAUGCCACCAAACCCCAAGGAAAACCAAAAACAACUAGAAUCGGACUGCUCUUGCCAGAUGCGGGAGUUGUUUUUGAAAAAGCGGAGGGCUCUGCAAUCGGCCUCACUGGCUCUGCUAAAGGCAAAAUGGUGCGCCAGUCCAUCAUCAACCCGGAUUGGGAUUUCAACAAGAUGGGCAUUGGAGGGCUAGACAAUGAGUUUAGCGCCAUUUUUAGAAGAGCGUUUGCCUCACGGGUGUUUCCACCUGAAGUCAUAGAGCAACUUAAUCUGAAACAUGUCCGUGGCAUCUUGCUGUACGGACCUCCUGGCACGGGCAAAACCCUGAUGGCCCGACAGAUCGGAAAGAUGCUCAACGGAAGGGAGCCCAAAAUUGUGAACGGCCCCCAGAUCCUAAACAAGUAUGUUGGGGAGUCUGAAGCCAACAUUCGCCGCUUGUUUGAAGAUGCAGAGGAAGAAGAGAAAAGGCUUGGAAUCAACAGUGGCCUCCACAUCAUCAUAUUUGAUGAAAUUGAUGCCAUCUGUAAGCAGAGGGGAUCUGUGGCAGGCAACACUGGUGUGCACGAUACUGUGGUAAACCAACUGUUAUCUAAAAUCGAUGGCGUCGAAUCGUUGAACAACAUCCUGGUGAUCGGUAUGACCAAUCGGCGUGACAUGAUCGACGAAGCGCUAACACGACCAGGGCGUCUGGAGGUCCAGAUGGAGAUUGGAUUGCCCGACGAAAAGGGCCGACUGCAGAUCCUGGACAUUCACACUGCUCAGAUGCGCACCCAUCGCAAAAUGGCCCCAGAUGUCGACCUGGCCGAGUUGGCCGUACUCUCCAAAAACUUCUCUGGCGCUGAGCUGGAGGGACUGGUACGAGCAGCACAAUCAACGGCCAUGAACCGGCUCAUCAAGGCUGGGAGUACGGUUGAGCUUGACCCUGAAGCUGCUGAGAAGCUUCUCAUUAGCCGAGCAGAUUUCAUGAACGCCCUAGAAAAUGAUGUGAAGCCGGCAUUUGGCACAAGUUCUGAGGAAAUUGAACAGCUAGUAACCAAAGGGAUCACAACUUGGGGUCCCCCUAUCAGUGCCAUUCUUGAAGACGGUGAUCUCUUUAUUCAGCAAGCUCGAUCACCUGAAUCUCGCGGUUUGGUCACCAUCUUGCUUGAAGGUGCUCCAAACUCUGGCAAAACGGCACUGGCGGCCAAGAUUGCCCUGCGAUCCGAGUUUCCGUUUGUGAAGUUGUGCGGCCCUGACUCCAUGGUUGGCUACACGGAGACUGCCAAAUGCCAGAUCAUCAAGAAGGUAUUUGAUGACGCCUACAAAUCUCAGCAGAGCUGCAUUCUUGUGGACAACAUUGAACGACUGUUAGAUUAUGGUCCCAUCGGACCCAGGUACUCAAACCUAGUUCUUCAAGCUUUGCUUGUACUGCUGCAGAAGGAUCCUCCAAAGGGCCGCAAGCUGCUGGUGCUGUGUACGAGCAGCCUGAAGGGAGUGCUGGACGAGAUGGGCAUGAGCACCUCCUUCACGGCGGUGAUGCGGGUGCCCAACCUGUCGCAAGCGCAGCAUGUCCUGGCCGUGUUGGAAGAUGUUGACUGCUUCUCCAAGGAAGAGCUGGACCGCAUUGCACGACAGCUCGAGGGACGCCGUAUCUGGAUUGGAAUCAAGAAGCUGCUUGCCUAUGUGGACAUGGCUCGUCAGACUGCAUCCCAGUACCGAGUGACAAAGUUCAUCUGCAAGCUGGAAGAAGAAGGAGCCCUAGAACUGAAAUAAAGGGGCCUUUUGCACCUGUCAAUCAGCAAUUUCCCGCCAUGCAUGCACUACUUGUUGUUUCUAGGGGAUCUGAAAUUGUACUUGUUGUCAACACAAUUUGUUUCAAACAGUGUUGCAAACAUUAAGAUUUACUCUCGUGAAAUUCCACUGUCUGCCGGAUGUGCUGCUGGCCUUGGUACAGUAUUAUAAUAUACAGGAAUAGGUUCUAUCUACUUUGUAUGCAUUAUUUAUUAAGAAUUGAAUGCUCUCAGCUUUUUGUUUGGUUGUUACCGAGCAGAAUGUUUUGAAUUUUUUUUACAAGUAAUACUUGCCCGGUAGAUAACAUUACUAUACUUCAAUCAUUCCUUUGCUUAGUACUUUCCAAUGGUUUUACUGUGUAGUAUAGCUUUUUUUUUUUGUUAGUUUUGCUUGAGGCACUUUCACUCUUUUGACAAUCUAGGGUAGUUAUUAAUUUUCUUUAAACCCUUUUUUGGUAAUAUCUUGCAGAAACGUUAAAGCUUUGAAAUAUGGCUUAUCUCCUCUCUUUUUUCAUGGUUUCUCAAGCGAAAUAAUUUUCAAGGAUCACCCUGCAGGCCUAAUGUAGUCUAAGUGGAUAUACAUGCAGACUUUGAAUUACCAGUAAUGUUUCUCUGGCACUGCUGGGGGCAUUUCUGAUCUUUGUGUUGUAUCUAGCUUAAUACCAUUAUAGAGUAGAUUUCUUGUCAGUUUCAUGUUAGUUGCUCUCAGAUGUGUAUAGCUUUUGAACUCAAGUUAGGUUUAGAACAUUCUGUACACCUCUGCAAAAAUUGGCUUCAUUUAAAGGGCGUCUACAUGAUUUCCAAAUGUGAGAGACCAAAGACAAAUAAAUGGAUAAAAAAAAACGCUCUAUUACAUUUUUCCUUGUUUUGUGGCCCGAUUUGCAUUCUAAUAUAAUCUAUAUCGUUUUUAAAAGAGCUGUUUCUACAUUUAGUUUUUGUUUCGAUCUUGCUGUGGGUAAUUGGAACAAUUUCAAGCAUCCUCCACAUGAAUAUUGCAAAAGCUAGAAUGCCUUGUGCAAUUCUUUACUUCCAUUUUGUGACAAAUUGUAUUUGCUUUUAUUUUCAGAUAGCAAAAUGGUUGCUCUAUUUUUUUAUAUUUCCAUAUCUUUGAAUAGCUUAAUGUCUCAUAUAUCCCAAUUGACAUAUUUUCCUUACAUUUUGCACAGGCUUUUGUCAGUUUUCAGAUCUGCUGUAACAGACAUCUUUGCUGUUAGCUUUAGCCCUCAUAGUCUAGGAGAAGCUUCCACAUAGCUUAAAUUGAUGUUCCCAGUAGUUUGUUGCUGGCAAUUUGUUAUAUUUUACUUGUAGCAUGAUAAUUGUGAUAGACUAGCGUACCAUAAAAUGGUAUGAUGCAAUACAACUCAACGAAUGUUAGCAUGCUGUAUGCCUGUGUGCCAGUCUCUGGGCCAUUUGCAUUGCUAUGUCAUGACAUGUUUGACACUGAUCCCAUGCUCACUGAAGAUUUAUCCAUUUGGUGCUUUGGCCUUGUACCCUGAGAAUUUAAUCCAACUCCAAUUUGAAUGCCGUUUUACAAAGAUGGGAGUGGGCAUCAAUGCAGUUGACUGAAUUAUCUGCUGUAAUACCGACAGAAACUUCCGGAACUUGGUUGUGUAGAAAGACCCAAUCAAAAGGUAGUAAUAUUUUUGCUCUCAUUAAGCAGGCUGUUUAUGGAGCACAUUCAUUGUUUCCUGUUGUGCUGAAUGUUGGAAUUACUAAGUGAUGUUCAAUGAAUUACAGUAUGCUGUUGUGUGUAUAAUAUAUUGUUAUCGGUUGUGACAUUGUAAACGAGAUUGGAUUUGGAGGAACUUCUGUGGGUAAUUAUUGUGAAAUACAUGUUUUACUUGAUUGCUAGACUACACAGCUACUACUCAUGUUCUGCCAAGUAAGCCAUUUUCCAUUUUGUAGGUGUAAACACAGUGGACAGUGCCCAAGCUGCAGAAUCUGUUUUUGCAAUGUGCCAUAUUUGUAACAAAGAAAAGGUUAGUAUUUCAUUGAGGUAUAAAUGUAUGAUGUGUCAGGUCGGGAGAUGAACCAGAGUAGUUUUUUUUUUUUUUUUUCUGCUUGGUUGGCGCAGUUGAAAACAAAUAUGCUGGCACAUUGUGAUUAUCUGGGUCUCAUUUAACCCUUUCUGGCCUUUUACGUGUAGAUUCUACUGCAGCAUUGUAAAAGGCUUGAGCACCAGGUGCAUAAAGUGCCUUGAAUAUGCUCCUGUGCCCUCUUUUCAGCAUUACAGUCUAAGCUCUUUUUAACAGACCUUGAUUUUGACCAAGUUUUUGGAGUAUGUUGUUUGCAGAUAUGCAGUUGAGUCAAUGGUAUGUGGAGGAGAAUCAACUGAACCUCACAAAUUGGUAUGUUACAUCCAAAUGUCUGUUGUAACCAGAUCUGUUGUAAUGAGCUUGGACUGUAUAAGUUAAUGCAAGCUCUUGCCUCGGGAGUUAACACGGACAUGCUCACCCAUCUCGAAAAACACCCUUGGAUGCUACAGGCUUCAAAUUAAACGUCUUUUUAAAUGCUUUAACUGACUUCAGGGAAAUUUUCGAACAUUCCUUUUAAAUGACCAGAAAGGGUUAAACCUGUGGAUCCUACCUAGUGAGUAGCUAAAAUACAAAAGUACUUAAUCUCUCAAAACACGUGGACUUUUUUUUGUUUUUUUUUAAGGCGUUUUUAGCAAAAAGUGCUGCUGGAGAAAAAAAUAAAGGUUAUCUAAUAUCCGAAAAUUUAUCAGUAUCGGGUAGUCUGUUAAAAGUGUACUUUUUGUUUGGUAAUAAAUAAGCUUUCAAAAAUUC